AGUGUCAUACACGCCAAUCCACGUCCUAUAAAUCUCUAUUCAUUUGAUAGUCUAACCUAACCAUACGAACUCAACCUUAUCAAACCACCAUACCAAACCAAACUUAUCAAUCUUAGUAAAGCUCAAAAGGAAACUAAAGGAGACCAAAAUGCUUGCACAGAUGUGGGGUCUGCUGGCAUUUGUUUUGGUACUGUGCACUCUUAGUGUUCAAUCGCAACCGAAGUACCCAAGAAAACACAAACCGUUUCGACGAGGAAGACCAGUGCCUUAUGGAGAUGACGAUGAUAAAAUUUGGUUAUUUGCUGUUAGUGGGCGUAGAAAGCCUUUUAAUUAUUUAUCAAAUGAAGGAGAAUUAGUUGGAUUUACAGUUGAUUUUGUAAAUGCUGUUUGUACAGAAGCCAGAAAGAAGUGUAGCAUGACAUUAGCCCAGUUUACAGAAUGUACCUUUACUGAUAGAAACAUCAACUAUCCUGGUCGAGGUUUGAUGGCUGAGUGGUUUGAUGCUUGUCCUGGUUAUGGUGUAACUGUAGACAGACGAAAUGGUUUCGACUUUACUCUGCCCUUUUUAAAUACAGAUGCUUCCUUCUCUGUACUACCUGGAAAUCCCAGCGGUUUCAACGCAUCGGCAGCUGACUUUAGUAAUUUUACUAUCACUCAUCUGACAGGAGCAGGGACUAAUGCUAAUUGUUUAAAUAGAAUUGGUAGAAAGUUUGGAAAUAUUACCAUUGCGGCUAAUUUACCGGACGCAAGAAAGCUUCUAGAGACAAGACAGGCCGAUGUUUUAUUUUCUCCUAGAAAUAAUAUAACCGGUUUAGAAACUCUACCGGAAAGGGUUCAUUGUGACGUCUCUGGUACUGCUGUCAUGGUAAAGAAAGGUAGCAGCCUGCCACGAUGGUGGAAUCCUGCGUUCCUGCGAUGGGUUAGACGAGGAGGUUAUGAUCGUUUUUGUAAACAGGCCAAAGAUAAGUAUCAAUAUGAUUUUGAUUGCAUGACUGGAAAACCACCCAUAAGAAGACGUCCCUAUUUCCCCCUUCGUUCAUUUGUAGACUCAGUAGCCUGGUUCAGUGCCAAAAUGUAAAAACAUUAAUUUUGGAAAUACAUGUAUAUUUCCCCCAGAGUUGUUUUAUUCUACAUCUGUUUUCCUUUUGACAUUGCUCCAUUUUGUUUAAUGUAACUUUUAAUCAAUUUUAAAUAAAAUCCAGCCGGCUUAGUUCAUCUCAUAAACCCAUACUCCAAUCUGAUUAAAACACAGAUCCUAUUUCGUUUCGUUUUUAUAGUUCAAAAUUUUGUUUUACUUGUCUUUACUACACUAGGAUCUGCAAGAGUUGUUAUCAUUGACGUGUUCUGAAUAGUGUGAGGCAUUAGCCAAUGAAACGGUCUCUUACGGCGAGCUUUAGGCUUGUUUUGCACGGAACUGUGGGUAAUCCACUAGUAACAUCAAUGCUGAUUGGUUAAUCAAAUGUCUGACGUCAUGGGGUCAAAAAAGCCGCUCGUAUGAACUCUGAAGUAACCUAUCGCAUCAGCCGGUCAGAUCUUCAUGUAGUAUAGGCUAUCGAAAGUAUAAAAAAAACGAAACGAAAUAUAGAUCUGUAUUUUAAUCAGAUUGCGCAUACUCCCAAUAACAUCGAAGCGUGCGUUUUCCUCGCGUUCUCCCAUCAUAUGGAACUCUUAACCACAAAGUGUUAAAAACAGUCCAAAAUAUACAGGCCUAUACACUUUAUUAUGUUUGUAUAUCGAUACAUAUAUAAGUUUAAAAUAUAUCUAUUUGUUCUUAAUGUUUAUUUUUGUUGAAAUAAAUUGGACUGUUCAAGAUA